AUGGCUGACUGUUACACCCUCCCUGCCGUCCCUGCGAAGCACUCUACCUUCAUCGACCACGUCAACUCUUGUCCUCAAGAGUCAAUCCCCGAUCUUGUACAGCCGUACAACGAGUACGAUGCAGUCCUUCGCAAGAUCUACGCCCAACAACCAUCCCACCCCGCGGUCGCAGACAACCUCCUCAAUGUGGUGCCGCUGUUCGAUGCCAGUGGCUCAGCAGAUCUUCGGAUUCGCGCACGUGACCUGGUUUCGGAGCCGGAGGAGCUCAAGGCCAAGUAUUUGAUGCCACUAAAAGAUGAGGAUCGAAAAGCGAAUGGGUCCCCGGCCGUGGUAUCCUCCUUCAAGCAGUUCCAGACGAACUUCAACCUAUUCUCUGAGAGCGCGCUCAGUGAUCUCGACUGGAGCAAUGUGGUUGCAGCGGGAAGUGCAGUGACCACCUCUUUAUUGCCCGUUCCUGAGGAGUACCGCGACUCGAAACGCGGCCUGCGCGAAUACUACCAUCAGAAAUUUGCUCCUGCCUCGGAUGUCGAUCUGUUUUUGUAUGGGUUGACGGAGGAACAGGCCAUUGAGAAGAUCAAGCAGAUCGAAACCCGCAUCAAGGACUCGAUCCUGGCCGAGACUUCCACCAUUCGCACAAAGAAUGCCAUCACGAUCGUGUCGCAGUACCCUACACGCCAUGUUCAAAUCGUCCUUCGCAUCUACAAGUCCAUCGCCGAGAUCUUGACCGGGUUUGAUGUCGACUGCUCGUGCGCAGCUUACGAUGGUAGCCAAGUGUAUCUGGCACCACGUGCGGUCGGUGCGUUUGUCACCCAAAUUAACCAUGUGGAUCUGUCCAGACGGUCGCCGUCGUACGAGAAUCGUCUUUCCAAGUACGCCCGUCGAGGAUUCGAGGUGUUCUGGCCAUCGCUGGACCGCUCCAAGAUUGAUCCGACGAUUUUUGAGCGCAGCUUCACCAGGACGCUCGGCCUUGCCCGGCUUUUAGUGCUGGAGAAGCUCCCAAAGCCUUCCGACCGGGAUGCAUACAUCGAUAAGCGGCGUCGAGAGCGAGGCCGACCGGUUCCCAUGCGAAUCUCGAAGCAGCUGCGAGGAAACAUCAAGAAUGACUGGGACGACGAGGUGCCUGAAUGGGUCGACGAGGAGGACGUGUCCGACUACCAUACUUUUACCAUUCCUUAUGGCGAAAGAUUCCACGCCCGAAAGAUUGAGAAACUGCUCUACACUAAGGAUUUGCUGCUCAAUGCGGAAUGGAACAAACCCAAAGAUCGCGAGGUCCACCUGCAUCGCCAUCCGGCUUUCUUUGGCAACUUUGAAGACGUGAUCGAGGAUUGCUGUGGCUUUUGUCCUGUCCCCGUCACUCCCGAGGAGAAGCAAUUGGCCGAGGAGGAGAGCAAGAUCUACGUCUCGGGAAGAAUCAAAUUCCUCCAGGACAACCCCGGCCGCCAGGAGAUUGGCAGUUUCAAUCCUAUCACCGAAACCGAUUGGACUGAAAUGGCAUACGUCGGAAACACAGCAGGCUUGUGUCAAGCGAUCGUCGACAACGACGUGGAAGGCGUGAAGCAGUGGCUGUCACACGGCUUUGAUGUGAACCGUCGCGAUUUUACCGGUCGCACUCCGUUGCAUCUGGCGGUCAUGACCUCCACGCGCGAAAUUGUUCAGUGUCUUGUUGACCACGGAGCUCGUUUGAUCGCUCGACUGGCCGACGGGCGAACGGCCUUACAUCUCGCUGCAGCUCGAGGCCACGUCGAGAUAAUCAGGAUCUUGCUGACGAAGAGCGAGGAGAAUGAGGAGGAAGAAGCUCGCAAGGAGCAGGCGCGCAAGGGAGCCUCAUCCGAUAAAGAGGCCAACGAUGGUGAGGAAGACGCCGAGCUCAUGAGUCAUCCUUCCGCUGAGAGCGAGGCAGAUGCUCAGUCGUUUGCCACCGGUUCUUUUGUGAAAGUCCAAAAGGAUGCAGAUAGCGCACAGGACUCGAUGCCCGAUGACUCAAGCGACCAGGACCCUGACGUCUACGACAUCAAUGUGAUCGCUUGGGACAGUCACGCCUCCCCUCUGCAUCUCGCGAUUUUGAACGGCCACGUCGCUGCUGUUGAGGAACUGGUAUCCUCUUUCGGCGCGGAUGUGCUUCUGCCGGUCAAAUUGUUGCACGAGUACAACAACAGCCCGCGAGCUGCCAUCCUCACCCUGGUCUUGGCGCUCCAACUGCCAAUAGAGCAGGCGAAGGCGAUGUCGACGAAGCUGCUACAACUGGGCGCCUCGCCGGCACAGGCAGACCUUGAUCACAAGACUGCCGUGGCUCACAUUGCGGCUUCUCCGAAAUACACUGAGUUGCUGGACUCGUACCUGCAGCAUGACCGUCCGGCAGUCGAACGGACAAUCAACUACAUUGCUACUAGUGGUUGGCAAUUCAGCCCCAAUGCCGAGACUGCGCUGACAACGGCGAUCAAAUCGGGGAAUGUCAUCGGAGCCUUGAAGUUGCUUGAAGCAGAAGCGAGCCCGACUAUUGCCUUUGACGAAUUCAUCAAGUCAGCACAGGUGCACAUCAAUGGAAUACGGAACGACUCCUCUGAGGAAGUGAAGAGAAGAUUCGAUGCUAAUGUGACCCAGCCUAUUAUAUUGAGUGUCCUCAAAGAUCAGCCAUCCGUGGCCCUGAAGCUUCUGGCCCGAGGCGCAGAUUCCAAUACACUGACUAAGGAAGGGUACCAGAUGCAGCAUGAUGUUCACGCUAGAACCUACCGACAAGGCAGAUCACUGCUGGAUUGUGUGCGAGAAAAGCUGAAGGCUCUGCGUGCGUACAAGCCCGAGACUCACACCCGGGAGCCGCCAAGACCCUUGGAGCACGAGGACAGCUACUAUCUCUCCCCCUUCAAAGAAGACACAUACCAGCUGUGGACGGCCAAAGCCGCUCUCCGCAGUGCACACUCCCGUGUUGAAUCAGAGCAGAAGCGCUAUGACGACGACGUGAAGUGUGCAGCGAAGCGCAAGGGUGUCGAGGAGAAGAAGGCGGCCGUUCAACUGGCUCUCAACGAGUUCGAGAAGCUCGAGGAGGAAUUACUUGCCAGGGGCGCCAAGGAGUUCAAGCAGUUGUUUCCAGACAUUGAAACGUCUUCUGAUAACGGCAGGAAUCAUUACGGAUGCUGCGUCACCAAGCCUGAUCCGUUCAAUAUCACCUUUGACUUCAGAAGGCCGGAUCUCAACGACAUCACAAGGGAAGGUUAUAUCCAAUUGUUUGAGGCAGCGUGGUGUGGUGACCUUGAGACCAUCAAAUCACUCACCCUCGGGACAUGGGGUCCAGACAAGCAGAGACCGCCGCUGGAAAUUGCGACGAAAGACCAGAGAAACUUCCACCCGUUCAACAUCGCCGUCCUACGUGGACAUUUGGACGUAGCGAAGGCGAUUAUCGCCAUUGCACAAGUGCAGUACAAGCCUCAGGACGAGCAAGAAAAUGUGCGGUAUAGGUUGCGAGCAACAACCAACAAUGACGAUGAUUAUUCCUGCGACGAAAGCGACGACAACAGUGACGGGCUCGAUAUAGAGAGGCAGAUCCUCGAUGAAGAAUUCACUAUUGACAACAUUGGUGAGGUGAAGAUGCAGGUCGAGAGCAGGACCUCGCCUCUUUCUCUCUUGAAGGACGGUUGUUCGGUUGAAGACUUCAUGGGGACAACCCUGCCGGAUGAGCGAAAGCCUUGCAAUCUUGUGCAGUACGCAAUCUAUAAGGAUGAUGUUGGGCUUCUGAUCUUCCUUCUGGAUCUCGGCCGGGAGCUGUCUGCGAAGUCCGGAAGUUCCGAGCAGACCAUCUUUACGGUUGGACAGUGGGAUCUUACUGUGGCAAUGCAGCUGGGACGAGUCCGCUGCCUGGCAGAACUCAUCAAACAUACGGGGGCUGGCAUUCAAAUAGAUAAGCUGGCGGAGCAGAGCGGAGUGGAAAUCAAGGAGAAGCCCAAAUACUACCAAGGACUGUCCAUCCACGGCAAGAAGCGAGCGGACUGGGCGGCUGCCGGUCGCGGCAUCCUUCCCGCACAGCCCGAGGAGGAAAAACCUCCCCUUCUGGUUGCUGCGCGUGAAGGGAACCUCAAAGCAGUGGAGUGGUUCUUGGGAACUGCGCCUGGCCGAUACUAUUUGGAGUUUACCGAGUCACACAAGCAUGAUAAGCGUAUCAAGAGGCUCGCCAUGGGAAAGUUGGGUGUCGAGCGUUCCAUUACAAACUGGUUGAAUAUCAGACGCGAUCUUGUCCUGCACUGUGCCCUUUUCGCAAAGCCAACGGUCGAGUCAGAACGACUGGUCAAGUACUUGGUUCGACAUGUCCCUCACUGUCUCGAGGUCAAGUCCGUUGAUGGAUAUACCCCCUUGAUGAUUGCAUUUUCACUUGUUCGUCCUACUUAUGCCAAAAUCCUCAUCGAGGCGGGGGCCGACCAGACCGUGCGCAACAAGAAGGGUAACAACAUCCUUCAUCUUCUGUUCUGCAGUGUCAGCUCCCCCUCGGCCGAAAAGCUGGAUGACUUCCAGAAGAUGCUCGAACUGGUUGAUCCGUCUUUGGUUUCCUCCCUGCUCGUCGAACGUUCGUCACACGGGCCCGGCUCUCUGACACCCUUGGCAAUGUGGAUGGUGCAGGCCUUGAGCACCACGAAUACCUACUCCGCCUAUGGCAAUGGAAGCAACUGCGAAGGCGAUAAUCAAAUGAAAGCUCUUCGAAUGAUCUUGGACUUUGCCCAAAGCACGGGGCAAAAGCAUCUCGAACUGUUGGAUGGGGCUGGCAACACCGUUAUACACGAUGCCGUGCGGUGCCAGCUCCUUCAAACGCUGGAGAUCUUGCUCGAACGCCGUCCGGAUCUCCUCCAUCGCGAAAACGCUUCUGGCUCGACGCCUGCUGAACUCGCCGAGGCCGCGUGGGUCACUGAAGUUACAUCCAACCCUCCCGGAUUGGAGCGUCGAAACAGGUUCAUGUACGGCAGCAAUCGGUAUGGAGAGAGCCUUGUGGAUCGUCGGCCCGAAUCCUUCGUCGAGGAGAGUGAUGAAGCCCCAACGAUGAAACGGAGGAUCUACGACUUCAGCCGCGGCAAGGCAGAGACUUUGAGAGGACCCGAUGCGAAGCGUAGAUUGGUCACGUUGUUUGAGGCCAACGAAGUCGCCAGAAGACUGGCUGCCAAGGAUCCGCAGGAGAAUCGCUACAUUGGCCGUGCUGCGAGAAGGAGAAGAUGGGACGAGCAGGACGAAAGAGAGUUUGGCGAUGAGGUUCGGGAAUGGCUUCCGGAGGUAUAUUAA